UGGGGCUUGAAGAACAGAAAUAACCCCAGAGCUGGUGGAGCACACCAGACCUAGUCAACAACAAAUCAAGAUCCACCUGAAGACAAACUAAACCAAGGCCAGACCAAGGAGCACCUCAAGCCCAAACAGAAGUCCAGAAGAGAACCAUGGAGCGCACGUUCCUCCUCUUGGCGGCCUUCAUCUUCUCCAGCGGCCAGUGCCAAGAUACGGACCCCUCCAGGGACCCCGAUGCCAGCCUGGCCGUCUGCAAGCCCGACAUCUGCAGACUCAUCAGAGACUCAGGGGUCUAUAGCGCACAGAUCUUGGAGCUGCAGAGGCUGAUCCAGGAGCAGGCCCAGCAGCUCCAGGAGCAGGCCCAGCAGCUCCAGGCUCUGCAGGAGAGCACAUCGGCCGCUGUGCCCCGGGUGGCCUUCACUGCCACGAUGAGCCACUCCCUCGGCCCCGCCAUGGGUCAAACCACGGUCAAGUACGGGGUGAUCCUCUCCAACAUGGGCAACGGCUACAACCCGGCCACGGGCUUCUUCACCGCCCCGGUGGCCGGCAUGUACUACUUCAGAUACACCAUGUUCAACAAUCUGGGUCCAACGCCCAACUCGAUGAUGUCACUGAUGAGGAACGGCAUGGCGAUGGUGACCUCCUUGGACGGAGAGGGGGAUGACAAUAACGACAGUGCCUCCAACGCCGCCGUGCUGCAGCUGGAGGCCGGAGACAACGUCUACAUCGAGCUCUACGGCUCCCGCGAGUUAUUUGACAAUGCCAUGCGCUUAAACACCUUCAGUGGCUUCCUGCUCUUCCCUCUGUAAAAGGCCCGUCGGCCAUUUAGUGAGUUUUGAGGUUGAUUUUCCAGUGUGAUGGUGGUUGAAAGGAGGGGUUGGCUGGAUUAGCUUUUUCUUGUUCACAAAAAUAUAUAUUUUGGCUCUUUAUAAAAGUAACGAAAAACUUUGAUACAAAUAAAACAAAAUCUUUAGCAUUAAUUCUGUGAGGUUUGAG